AAGAGUAGUGCUGAAAUCCUAGCUGAUGGUUAUUUGCUCGAGCUCUGUAAACAUAUCCACAUCACGAGUAACACUGGAUUCACUCUUUAUUGCAAUGGAGUACAUCUGGUUGAAAGCUCUCUGGUUAAUCCUUUUAAAUUUGCCAAGAUCAAAAGCUGUAAACUGUCUUAACCUGAAAGAGAGAUGCAAAAUGUCUGAAGAUGAGUGUGCAGGACUUUGGGCUACUGCAGAACGGAUGUGUGAUCUUUCAGGUGGCAACUGUCAACCAAAAAGUUUGAUGAAUUGCAAUUUGACUCUAUUUUACUUCACUGAACGAUACCCCGAUUUCAAAUCCUGUACUUGCUCAGAUGAUAUUUACUGCACUAUUAAAAAGUUAUUGGGAAAGAACUGUAACUCCAAAAGUGUACCUACCAUUCCUGCAGGACCCCUCAAGCAAGAGCACCCCAAUAUUCAGAAAGAAUUUAUGCCUAAAAUAUCUGUGGGUCCUUCAUCAGGAAAAGCAAAUGAUUGCAUUUCAGCGAAAAUACUAUGCAAAAAGGACUACAAUUGCCUUUCUUUAUAUGAAAACUUUAAAAUGCAGUGCAUGCACCCACAUGAGUGCGUUCUAAAUGAUGCAGUCCAAAGUUGCUUGACAGCUUGGAAUGAAUUAAAAAAGACUGUUAUGGGAAACUGUAUCUGCCUCAACUCAACAAAAAGAAAAUGCUUAAAAGUUUGGAAUAGCAUUUACAAUAAUACAUGUUUACAACAUAACUUAGACUCAUAUUCUUCUCAAGGGACUCUAAAUUUAGAUUGGGGUGGCAGUUCAUUAAGGAAUAUAGAAUUUGGAGGUCCAAAGUCCUGCUUAGAUGUGGCCGCUCUUUGCGUUGGAGAUUCAGUAUGCAACAGACACUUAGCUGGUCUUAUGAAGGCUUGCCCUGUCAAUAGAACUGCGUGCAAUGUGAAAGACUGCAAGAGAACAAUAAGAGCCUUUUAUGAAACUAUGCCUUUCAAUAUGUCUCAAAUGUUGGCUUUUUGCAAUUGUGACCAGUCUCAUGAAGCCUGUCAACAUGCUGGAAGUGUUCUCCAUAGCAAAUCCUGCACAGGUCAUUCUGAUGUCUCCAUAUCUUGCCUUCAUGUGGUCCAUAGUUGUCUUGACAAUGAAUUGUGCAGAGAAAGAUAUGGGGUUUAUCAAUCAAAAUGUUGGGAACCUUUGAGCAGAUGUCACAAUAAUAGGAGCUGUUUGCUUGGUUUACACAAAGAAGACCUGACUUGUUCUGGAAGUGAUGAAUGUCGUGCUGCAUAUAUCCGUACACUUGGGACAAAACUUCAAAUCCCAUGCACGUGUCACAGAGGACUUAACUAUGAGGAACAGCAUUUAUGUGGAUUGUUCUCUCAUACUUUGAACAACACAUCAUGUUUAAAAAGAUUUACCACAAAUAACAUCCAAGCAUCUUACAGUAAUACACAAGGAGAACAACUUAGAAGUGGUAGUCCAAAUAUAUUUUCUGCUGAUGCUGUUUUUUAUAUCCUUAUUUCUGGAAUUAUUCUUUUGACUUUAGUUCAGAUUGUUCUAUUGACUUUACUUCAAAUACGGGCUUGUAAAGCGCAGAAAAAAACUGCUGCUCAGCGAGGAAAUGUAUCUCAAAGCUUAAUAAAUUCUUAGUUAUUGUAAAAUGCUGCAUAUUGACACAGAUGUCAUAUGUUAAGGAUAUCUAAGCCAAUUUAGAAUCAUGUUUUAGUACUUGAGCUUUAGUUUAGCUUUACUUUCACAGUACAAGAGAUAUAUUCAAUAAAUCAUUGUAGUGACUUGUUUUAUGCAUGUAAGGUUGUAUCACAGGUAUCUGCUGCUUUAACAAGCCUGUGUAAGAAGAAGGGGGUGGUUUUAUCAUUCAAACACAUUGUAAGUCUGGGGGAAAAUGAAUGAGUGCUUAGUGUAUUGUAAUAGAUUAAUUGUGAAUUUAUUGUAUUAUAUUGAAAAAUAUAUAUAACUUUUUUUUUUUAAUUAAUUUUUAGAAUAAAAUGAUGCUUAUUAAAACAAAUGAGGCCAGGUUCAUCCUGUGCAGAAUUAUAAAUAUCUUUUCAGCCAAAUGAAAAAAUGGAUAUAUAUAUAGUAAGGUUAGAUCCAUUAAAUGACACCCAUAGAGUGUGUGGGCCCAAGUAGCCAUGUGCAUUGAAGACAGAAUGAGAAGAGGCCAGAUACCAGUCUUUUAAACAUCUAGAUAAAACUGACAUGUAGGCAGUGUGCCACCUUGCACCAGGCACUUCUGGGGUUUGAUGAUGGGAUCCCAUGAUUUAAUCAAGGGGUGAUGAUCAGUUGCCAUGACAGGUAGAGGUGCCUUCUGAAGACCUUCAUGACUGCCAUGACAAGACCUCUCUACAGCCUGCCUAUAGCAGCUGCAAAAGAAGCAUAGGCGUUUGACAGUUUACUGCAAUACAUAUGUAUGAAAGUGAACUGUACAAACGAUUGCAUAGUGAAGUUUCUUUUUUACCAGGACCUCAUAUGUAGUUUAAAAAAAUCCCGUAUACAGUAAUAUUAAUUCAUAUAACCCUUUCCCCAUUUUCAAAAUAAAAAAAUAAAGAUAAAACCACCCACUUAACCCCUUAUAAAAAUAGUUCAUUUGGCAUUGCAGUAUGGUGAGAUCACACCAGGUGAAGUGUGUACCCCCCACCUCCACCCCCGUUGAGCUGGAUGGCAAAUCUGUGUUUUUCCCUCCAUAGACUUAUAUAGUAAAAGGGUUAGGUUUGCGUGACAGCAGGGGAGUAAGGAACUUCAGAACUUUGACCUGAUGCAAUCACAAAUUUUGACAUGCCUCUAUGACAAAUAACAGUUAUACCUAAAAAGAGCAAAUAGUCCUUCUAGGGAGAAAACAUAUUAAAAACACAGUACAAAAAAUACUUGUGCUGUAUGUCAUAAAGGUUCUGCUAAAGCCUGGCAUUGCUGACUGUAAAGCCCACACACACGAUAUGGGUCUUAUUAUGUAAACAACGAAACACAACAAAAAUGAAAAAUAUGGGAACACAGCUUCAAUUUGUACUGCAAUUGAUAAUUUUGAUAAUUUCUAG